UAAACGUUUAAAACAAUGGAACCUAUUAUGGACGUGUUAAAAAACUCGGCAGACCGAGAAUGGCUCGAGAAAAAUGUCGCUGGCAGUAACUUACGGCUAUGGCAGAUUAUGUUUUUCUGUUUCGCAGGGCUUACUACAAUAAUUGUAAUGGUGUGUUGCUGUUUCCGCUUCCGGAUCCCGCGCACAAAGCAACAAAUAGAAGCAGAUUACCAAAGACGAAAAAUUACCACGAAAUUUCGUCAACAAUUAGAAACCAUACAAGAUGCAAAAAUGGAUGCAAUGUCGUUAAAAGACGCUCUGGAGUUGCUCCACGAGAAAUCAGCUCAGGAAAUGGCGGACAACCAGCAAGAAUCGCAGCCAAGCUCCAUUAUGUCUCCGCAGCAGAGUUCUUUGGACACUUUCCAACCAGAAGGCGGACAAAAGCCCGAGCCUCAGGUGUCCGGGAACAAUUUCGUCAAGUUUGCGACCAAAGUGGCCAACAUUUCUAAACUUGGUCAGCCCAAGUCGCCAACCUCGCCCACACCGUCGGGGAACAAAAUGGAUUUUUAAAAUUACAUUGAUGUAUGACAAGAUGUAAUUUUUUUUUUCAUAAAUAACCAAUGUAAUUGA